AGCCAAUCAGCGUCGCCGCGGUCCCGGUUCUAAAGUGCCCAGUCACCUUUUGCAACUCCGAUUCCACCCAAAUGCCGAGGAUGGGAUCAUGGCGCCCCGAGCCCUCCUCCUGCUGCUGUCGGCGGCAGUGGUCCUGGCCGAGACCUGGGCGGGCUCCCACUCCUUGAGGUAUUUCCAGACCGCCGUGUCCCGGCCCGGCCGCGGGGAGCCCCACUUUUUCGCCGUGGGCUACGUGGACGACACGCAGUUCGAGCGGUUCGACAGCGACGCCGCAAUUCCGAGAGGGGAGCCGCGGACGCCUUGGAUGGAGCAGGAGGGGCCGGAGUAUUGGGACCUGCAGACACGGAGCCUCAAGGCCCGCGCACAGACAAACCAAGUGUGCCUGCGGACCCUUCGCGGCUACUACAACCAGAGCGAGGCGGGGUCUCACACCUACCAGAGGAUGUAUGGCUGCGACUUGGGGCCUGAUGGGCGCCUCCUCCGCGGGUAUGACAAGCGUGCCUACGACGGCAAGGAUUACCUCGCCCUGAACGAAGACCUGCGCUCCUGGACUGCGGCGGACAGGGCGGCUCAGGUCACCCAGCGUAAGUUCGAGGCGGCCCAUGAGGCGGAGAAGAUGAAAGCCUACCUGGAGGGCACGUGCGUGGAGUUGCUCCGCAGAUACCUGGAGAACGGGAAGGAGAGGCUGCAGCGUGCAGAGCCGUCUUCCCAGCCCACCAUCCACAUUGUGGGCAUCAUUGCUGGCCUGGUUGUCCUAGGAUCUGUGGUCACUGGAGCUGUGUUUGCUGCUGUGAUAUGGAGGAGGUUGAGUUCAGGUGGAAAAAGAGGAAGCUGCCUGGAAGUGGGGGGUGGGAGUGUGGAGGAGCUCACCCACCCCAUAAUUCUUCCUGUCCCACCUCUCCUUUGGUCCCUGACCAGGUCCUGUUUUUGUUCUACCCCAGGCAGUGACAGUGCCCAGGGCUCUGAUGUGUCUCUCACAACUUGUAAAGCCUGAGACAGCUGCCUUGUGUGGGACUGAGAUGCAGGAUUUCUUCACGCCUCCCCUUUGUGACUUGAAGAGCCUUUGGCAUCUCUUCUGCAAAGGCAUCUGAAUGUGUCUGCGUCCCUGUUAACAUAAUGUGAGGAAGUGGAGAGAGAGCCCACCUCAUGUCUACCGUGACCUCUGUAACCACACUCAUCUAUGUUCCCUCCCCAAUCAUCUUUUGUUUUCCAGAGAGAUGGGGCUGGGUGUCUUCCUCUCUGUCUCAACUUCACGGUGCACUGAGCUGCAACUGCUUACUUCCCUACUGAAAAUAAGAAUCUGAAUAUAAUGUGUUUUCUCAAAUAUUUUGAGGUUCAUGGGUUAAUUAAAUAAGUGAAUUCCUAAAAUUUGAGAAAGGAAAUAAAGACCUGAGAACCUUCCAGAA